AUGGGCCAGGACAACAUGUCGAAGCCGGCCCGGAGGUCUGCGAGAGUGGGCGGAGCAAUGGCGUUGGUAGGACAACCACAGCUUCUCCUCUGCUGCCUCUUCCUGGUGAGUGCAUGGGCGCUGGCCGCCGUCGCUCAGGCGAAGACGGUGCACGAGAAGUGGGACAUCAGCGACCAGUUCGCAUACCCUGACUGCGUCCGCAAGCUCGCCGUCACCAUCAACGGCCACACCCCUGGCCCGACCAUCCGCGCCGUGCAGGGCGACACGGUGGUGGUCACCGUGAAGAACUCCCUGCUGACGGAAAACGUUGCCAUCCACUGGCACGGCAUCCGGCAGAUCGGCACGCCGUGGGCGGACGGCACGGAGGGGGUCACCCAGUGCCCCAUCCUCCCCGGCGACACCUUCGUCUACACGUUCGUCGUCGACCGCCCGGGCACUUAUAUGUACCAUGCCCAUUAUGGAAUGCAGCGCUCGGCGGGGCUGAACGGCAUGAUCGUCGUGUCCGUCCCUCCCGGCGCCGGCGCCGACGUGGCCGAGCCGUUCGCGUACGAUGGUGAGCAUGAUGUGUUGCUGAAUGAUUGGUGGCACAAGAGCACCUACGAGCAGGCAGCGGGGCUCGCCGCCGUGCCGAUCGUGUGGGUCGGCGAGCCGCAGUCGCUGCUGAUCAACGGCCGCGGGCGGUUCGUCAACUGCUCGGCGCUGGGGGAGGCGUCCUGCAACGCGACGCACCCGGAGUGCUCCACGCCGGUGUUCGCCGUGGUGCCCGGCAAGACGUACCGGUUCAGGAUCGGCAGCAUGACCUCCCUCUCCGCCCUCAACUUCGAGAUCGAGGGCCAUGCAAUGACAGUGGUGGAGACGGACGGGCACUACGUGAAGCCAUUCGUGGUGAAGAACCUCAACAUCUACUCCGGCGAGACUUACUCCGUGCUGAUCACGGCCGACCAGGACCCGAACCGCAACUACUGGCUGGCCUCCAACGUCGUGAGCCGCAAGCCCGGCACGCUCACCGGCACCGCCGUCCUCGCCUACUACGGCGGCCGCAGCAGCCCUCGCGAUGUGCCGCCGACGACGCCACCCACCGGCCCGGUGUGGAACGACACCACGUACCGCAUCAACCAGAGCAUCGCCACGGUGGCGCACCCGGCGCACGUGUACGCCCCGCCGCCGAGCUCCGACCGCACCAUCCUCCUCCUCAACUCGCAGAACAGGAUCGACGGGCGGACCAAGUGGGCGAUCAACAACGUCUCCUUCACGCUGCCCCACACCCCCUACCUCGUCGCCCUCAAGGACAGGCUCCAGGGCACCUUCGACCCGCGCCCGCCGCCGGAGACCUACAACCACACCGCGUACGACGUGUACGGCGUGCAGCCGAACCCGAACGCGACGAGCAGCGACGGGCUCUACCGGCUGGCGUUCGGGUCCGUGGUGGACGUGGUGCUGCAGAAUGCCAACAUGCUCGCGGCCAACAACAGCGAGACGCACCCGUGGCACCUCCACGGGCAUGACUUCUGGGUGCUCGGCUAUGGCGUGGGGAGGUUCGACCCGGCGGUGCACCCGGCGACGUACAACCUGAGGGAUCCCAUCCUGAAGAACACGGUGGCGGUGCACCCCUACGGCUGGACGGCGCUGCGGUGGAGGGCGGACAACCCCGGAGUGUGGGCGUUCCACUGCCACAUCGAGGCGCACUUCUUCAUGGGCAUGGGCAUCGUCUUCGAGGAGGGGGUUGAGCGCGUCGGGAAGCUGCCGGAGGAGAUCAUGGGCUGCGGCAGCAGCAAGGGCGGUCGCCAUUGAUUAGUUUUCAAACCAUACGUACAUAUAGCGCGAGAUCGCGCUACAGGGUUGGAGCGCACCCUCUCUCCGGGGCUCCGAGCGCUCAUCUCUUCACCCGGUUCUCUUUCUCAGGUCAGAUGCCACGUCCUCAAUCUCACAAUUCUUUGUCACGUCACCCACCUCUUCAAUCUCUAGUGCGAAAUUAUCUAUCUGACCCUUGUCAGAAAAUUCAACUGAAAAUGAUCUCUUCUGGAAAUGAAUUUGGCUCAAUGCACUACAUCAGAGCGUUGGGUUACACAUCUCACUGCAAUAGGUUAAGGUGUUGAAGUGUCAACGACCGGGCAUGCAUCCACGUGGAUGGGCUAGAGGUAAUCGGCCCAGGUCACUGAGUUCAGCCUAUCCACGUCAGCAGAUCCACGUGCCUAGUCGUCCUGGCAGCUCAACGCCUUUACCAGGGGGUGAGUAGUUUUACCUCAAUGUCCUGAAGUUGGGCGUCGACCAAAAGAGUCGUAUCAAAAUUACUUUCCAAAAGAUGUUAUUUUCUGCUGAACUUUCUGGCAAUGGUCAGAAUUGCCAAUUCUCAUGCAAUCUAUUCCCAUGUCAUUGCCGAGAAACUUGGCUGCCGCCUUUUCUCCUUCUCAUAACCCAGCGGU